UGUUUGACUUCUGAAAUUUUGAAUAAGAACUUGGAGCCUUGGACAAACAAGGCAUCCUACAAAUUAAACCAAAAGAAAUUUGGCCAAACCAGUGUGUUGGGCGUUCAACCAAUGCGGUCCAAUUGAAGGAAAAAGAAAAGCAUUAAUACUCGGGAAGUUGACGACUGGCAGUGUGGUAUAUUGAAGUCGCGCAUUUCCAUUUUGCACCCGCCCAGAAAAAAAGAAAAGAAAAGAGAAAUUAAUUUUACUUUUGCAUUCGGUUUUGAAUUCAAUUGAACAGACAGAUUUGGUUGACCUGGCUCGAAUCGAAUGCUGAUUUCAUUCAGUGGCCAUCUUCCUCUCGCUUUAAUACCUACUUUCAACAACGGAGCUCUACCAUCUUGCUCGCUCGUUGAUUCCGCGUAAUUUCUCCUCUUCUUUCGAGUAUUAUAAGCCCUAGCUACGUUGCUUUGUUCCAGAUAGCAAUGGAUAUCUUAUGGAGUUGCACAGAAGGGUUAGGCAAGUACGUUAACCUUGAUGAAAAAAUGCAGAAUUUGAAAUGGAAGUUGGAAUUAUUGGAAGUUCGUGCGGCUGACAAAAGCAUAGAAGUUCAAAAUUUGGAGUUUCAAACGGGAAGGAAACGAAAGAGGGAAGUUGAAAAUUGGUUGAGAAAUGUACAAAGCAAAAAAGAUGAGGUACGAAGUAUAGAACAAGAAGUCCACGGGAGCAUAUUUCUUUCAUGCAUACAUCUUGGGAAUCAAAUUGAGAAAACGACUCAGGAGGUGGAAGAACUUUUAGAACAAGGUAAAUUUGCUGAAGGGUUCACAGUAGAUGUGCACGAACCCUUAGAACUAUUGACAGUGAAAUUAGUGGGCCAAAAAGCAGAAGAGAGCAUGAAAAAAGUCUUGGCAUGCAUAAUGGAUGAUAGGGUAUUCAGCCUUGGCAUCUACGGAAUGGGGGGUGUUGGGAAAACCACACUUGCAAUGCAUAUCCACAAUGAACUCUUAAAGAAUCCUCGAAGUUAUGAUUAUGUUUAUUGGAUCACUGUAUCUCAACAAUUCAGUAUUUACAAAUUGCAGGGUGACAUUGCCAAAGAACUUAGCCUAGAAAAUCUUCCUUCGGAGGAGAACGAGAGGAAAAGGGCUGCCACUUUGUUCAGAGGAUUGGCAAACAGGAAGAAAACAGUGCUAAUUUUAGAUGAUAUGUGGGAGCAUUUUACCCUGGAAAAAGUUGGGAUACCUAUUGGGCCAGAUGGGCCUAAGUUGAUUCUAACCACUCGAUCAUUAUCAGUGUGUCGCCAGAUGGGUUCCCAAGAAAUAAUCAAAGUGGAGCCUCUUUCAAAUGACGAAGCUUGGGAGUUAUUCAUGGAAAAACUCAAGCCUUAUGACACACUUUCUAUGGAUGUGAAAGUUGCUGCUAUGUCCUUAGCUAGAGAAUGUAGGGGUUUGCCACUUGGGAUUAUCACAAUGGCAAGAAGCAUGCGAGGAGUCGAUGACAUUCAUGAAUGGAGGACUGCUGUGAAGGAAUUGAGAGAAUCAAACUCAGGGAGACCUGAUAUGGAAGAAGAGGUCUUCUCUAUAUUGAGAAUCAGCUAUGGUCGCCUGAAGGAUCCAAAAGUGCAGCAGUGUUUCUUAUAUUGCGCAUUGUAUCCUGAAGACAGUGAAAUGGAAAGAGAGGAAUUGAUAAGGUACUUUAUUGCAGAGGGACUGAUAGACGGAAUGGACAGUAGGCAGGCCGAGUUUGACAAGGGUCACACCAUAUUAAAUGAACUGGAAAACACUUGCUUGCUAGAAAAUGCGAAGAGGAAGGUGAAGAUGCAUGAUUUGGUAAGAGACAUGGCACUGCAAAUAAGUGGAAAGAGCAGUAGUACAGCUGGUCCUCGUUUCUUGGUAAAAGCUGGACUUAAGUUGAGGGAAAUACCGGAGGACUGGGCUCAGGAUCUGGAGAGAGUUUCCUUAAUGCAUAAUGAUAUAACAGAAAUCAAGGCAGGGAUAUCACCAAGAUGUCCUAAACUCUUAACCUUGAUGCUACAGCAUAAUAUUGGUUUGAAGAAAAUUGCAGACUCUUUUUUGUUGCAGAUGUGUGCCCUUAAAGUUCUUGAUUUAUCUGGAAAUUGUGAUCUAGAGAGGCUACCAAAUACCAUAUCAGACUUGGAGAAUCUUACUGCACUAUUGCUCGGAUAUUGUAAGUCUCUAAAAUAUGUGCCUUCACUAGCAAAGCUUCUGGCAUUAAAGGAGUUGAACCUUGGAAAGACUGGUAUAGAAAAAGCACCUGAUGGUAUGGCGAAUUUGGUCAACCUAAAAGUCUUGUAUAUGGAUUGUUAUACGAAGAAUGUAGUUGUAGGAGAAGAGAUAUUGCAUCAAAUGAGGGAUCUCGAAAAAUUUGUUGGCCGAAUUGGGGAUGUGAGAAGAUUUCCCCCACGGCUGAAUGCCUACUCUAUAAUGGUUGGAUCCGGAGUUUUUUAUGAUUUUCCAUCAUUGCAGCAGUGUUCUAAAGCAGUAACGCAUGUGGGGUGUAGUGUGAAUACAGAGAUCCUUGUUCAUUUAUCUCCGAACAUUGACUACCUAAGGUUUAAAAGGUGUCAUGAUUUAAGGGCACUUCCAGGCGGCACAUUUUCAAGUCUCGAAGUGUUGGAAGUAUUGUUGUGCCCAAAAAUCAAGAAGUUGUUUCCUGAUAGGUUGGUUCGGCAUCUCCAAAACCUGAAAUGUCUUAGUGUCGGCGGUUGUGACAGCAUUGAGGAGAUAAUAGGAGAAGUAGAAGAAAAUGAGGACCGGGCAACUGCUGAUCUAAGCAUUACCUGUUCAGCCUCAAACAACAAAAAAAUCGGCAUAAAAACAAUCGACCUUCCAAAAUUGAGGUAUUUAGAGUUGUGGGAGCUACCAGAAUUGAAAAGCAUCUGUAGGGGAAAGAUGGUCUGUGAUACUCUUAAAAUUGUUGCUAUAGAGGCGUGUCCAAAGCUAAAGAGGCUCCCUCUCUAUCUUCCCCUGCAUCCCGUGGAUGGACAACCAUCUCCUCCCCCUGCUCUCCAGGGAAUCAUUACUAAAGACGAUGAAUGGUGGGAAUUGUUGGUCUGGGACCAUCCCGCUGCUAAACCUGUCCUGCAACCCUUCCUCAACAGGUACUAAGCAGUUUUAAGAAAUGCCUGAGAAGAAGAGACACCAUCAGUCUCACAUUAUUUACUAUAUUUGUGACCCAUGAUUGGAAUGAAGUUAUGAAUGGUCUGAAAUGCAUGUACAUUUUUUGUCCUGAAAUGCUAAAUCUAGCGAUCUAAAGUUAAAUUUAAAAUUUUUCGCAGAACAUAUUUUUUUAGUAGUUAAAGUGGAAUUGCAUUGUAAUUCUAUUUUCAGAAAUUAUUAAUCUAUUCUAGACUCAGAAACACCUCAGCAUAUUU